GCUCACCCUGCUUCACCCUGCUAAACACGUGAUCUCGUGAAUCUCAUGGCCGCGAACCACGUCCCCAAGACGCCGUCGUAAACAAUCAUGGCGACUUUCAUGGUCGACUUUGGGGAGGCGGACACCAGGUGUUGAACAUGUCGUCGCGUAAGGACGAGCUAUUGGCGAAGAAAGCUCGCCUAGCUGAAUUGAAGAGGCAGCGAGAGUUACGACAGGAGCAAUAUGCCUCGUCGCGGCAGAGCAUUGGAGAGGCUCACUCGCCAGGCAAGACUGCUGAAGAGCGAAGAUCCGAAAUCGAUAACCUAGUCUCCAGCCUCAUCGACCGUCAAAGAGACUCGACCGCAUCUCCAAGUCGACGCAGCCGUCCCAGUUCACUACAAGGAACGGGACAAACCACUCCUCACAAUGAGGUCGAACCAUCGCCCAAGCGGCUGAUGCAGUCAACGUCGACACAGACCGAGACUACCGGCCCAUUCUCUAUCUACGAAGACGCUGCAGCUCCUGCACAGGAACCUCCACCACCACCGAAAAAGGAGUACAUCACAUAUACUAAGGGCGUUCAAACGGAGCCUGAUUGGGAAGAGAUUGCUAAGCCCCAUGGCUCUACCGAAGAUGACCUUCCCGUUGGCUCAGAGAGACGACUCAGUCGACGUGAUCUGGAGAGGGCGGAAGAAAUCCGCGAGAGCCUACGGAAGGAAAUCGAAGAGGAAGUAAAGGCAACGCUCAACCAAGAGACGACGACCACUCAACCUGCCAGUUCUCAACCUCGCUUUCCCCUAAGGACGCUGACAAGCAACGAGCUAAACGCUGUGGUGGCCUCCACCGACUUCGUUUCGUUUGUGGAACGUUCUUCAAAAGUGAUUGAGAGAGCGCUUGAUAUGGAUGAUGAGUAUGACCUGCUGGCAGACUAUACACGGACGUCGACCUUGGACGACGAUGAUGAUGACAGGAAUUACUCACGAACCAGCAAGAAACCCCAUUCCGUACGCGAAUCUUUUCAACUGUUUUCGGAUCGACACACCCGGAAACGAAUAGUCUCUGACAUUCAAUUCUCUCCCCAUUUUAAUGAGCUGCUAUUGUCCUCUUACACCAAGAACCCAUCCGCUCCUCACGAACCGGCCGGGCUCGUGCUUCUAUGGAAUUCACACUCCCCGUCACGCCCGGAGUACACUUUCACCGCGUCUUCAGAUGUGCUGUCGGCUCGAUUUUCACCUUUUCAUCCGAACCUUGUCAUUGGGGGUUGCUAUUCAGGCCAGAUAUGUCUCUGGGAUACGAGGACAUCCGGACGGACGGGCCAACCUGUUCAGAAAACACCACAAUCAGGUUCUCACCUUGGUCACACACAUCCGGUCUACAGUAUCAGUGUGGUCGGCACACCCAAUGCCCACAACAUCUUGACUGCGUCGAUGGACGGCGUUGUCUGCGCCUGGUCGGUGGACAUGCUUACACAAGCACAGGAAUAUUUAGUUCUCAAUACACCGCCUCCAGCAAAGACAGAUGACCUUGCUCCCACAAGUAUGACCUUUCCCGCAUCCGACCCGACGUUCUUCGUUGUCGGCACGGAGGAAGGCACCAUCUAUCCCUGCCACAGAUAUGACCGUGCAGGGGCCCAAGCGGGUGUCGAUACACGAUUCUCGUACCGUGGUCACACCGCUCCGGUCAUGAGUUCGCAGUUCCAUCCUGCUAGAGGGCCUGUGGAUCUGGGUGAUCUCCUGCUCAGCUCAAGUUCCGACUGGUCCGUAAAAUUGUGGAAAGUCAAACCGGCAGCGAGUUCAGGCUCUGCCGCCGCGGCUUCGGCUGCAGGUACAGCACCCACUGUUGUCAGUCCUAUUCUGAAUAUCGCGAGGGAAGACCUGGUGUAUGAUGCAAAGUGGGCGCCGCAUAAGCCCUCUGUGUUUGCGUGUGUCACUGGUGCCGGUGAUCUGGAGGUGUUUGACCUCAAUUACGAUGUCGAAGUGCCCAUUGCCAGGGGCACUCCGACUCGAGGCAAGAACGGCAUCGUCCCCUUCAAAGGGUUGAAUAAAAUUGCCUGGGAAGAAAAGCGAGGCAGCCACAUUGCUGUUGGUGGCCUGGAUGGAGUGGUGACCGUCUUUGAUGUUGGCAAAGGGCUACAGUGUGGCAAUAAUGAGAAGAAUAUGGAAGAAUGGGUGGCCAUGAAGAAAUUGGUGAACAAAUUCGACGGUGUCAAACCUUGAGAGACCUGGAGGGCCUUCAAGGCGGCCGCUUGCCACAUUGAGGUAUUGUGUUAUGGACGACCAGCAGUCCGGAAAGAGAACAUUGGUCUUUGCU